AUGACUGCGCCCGUACUAGUCAUCUAUCCACGCUGUUUUAUCAGUUGUCUGAUACGGUUGUACCCUUACUUUAGGAACUCCAGGGUGGACAACGCCAACAGCAUCCACGUGUCACUGAGCGGGGCUUUGUUCCUGCUCAACACCUCUUUCCUGCUCAACGAGUGGGGGGCCGGUCUGGGCAUCAGGGGCGUGUGUAUCUUCAUUGCGGCGGCCAUUCACUACAGCCUCCUCAGCUGUUUCACCUGGAUGGCCAUUGAAGCUGUCCACCUGUAUCUCCUCCUGGUCAAGGUGUUCAACACUUACUACCGACACUAUAUGGCCAAGCUGUCUGCCAUUGGCUGGGGACUCCCCGGUAUCAUUGUGGGAGUUUCAUUGGCAGUCAAGGAUAUCAAACCAUUAUAUGGACCUACAGAAAUGACUAUGGCAGACACUAACCAGACAAAUACAAUCUGCUGGAUCAUGGACAUCCCCUUCUUCUACAGUAUGAACCUGGCCUACUUCACCAUCAUCUUUGUCCUUAACUCUGGCAUUCUGUUAACGGUGACCACCCGGAUCUGCCAGCUGCAGCGCUAUGGCAGUAAGGGCAAGCCUGGGAAGGCAAGCCUGGCCUGGAAGGAUAUCGGCACCGUCCUGGGUCUGACCUGCCUGCUGGGUAUCACCUGGGGCCUGGCCUUCCUCAGCUACGGCUAUGUCAACCUUCCCAUCCUCUACCUGUUCAGCAUUUUCAACUCCCUCCAAGGAUUCUUUAUAUUCCUAUGGAUCUGUGGCACUGCCAGGAAAGACAGGGAGCUGGCGGCGAAUACCAAGAGCACAUCAGCAGCUCUGAACACCUCUACAGCCAAACCCAAGGAGGAGAUGUUCCCUAGCAACAACCUCUACCAGUAAACAAUGUCUGUCCACAAUGGAGAUCACCCAUAUCUUCUUAGAUGGCAAGGGGAGUUUUGGCUUUGUGUCUAAUGGCAUAUGCAUUGUCUCUUUCUUUCUCUUUCAAAUUGAGUUAUGGUUUCUACACCGGUUGUGUUGAUGUAUUGUCACGGAUCCCUCUGGAAUUUCAUUGCGCACACCUGGCCCCUAUUCCCACUGAUUGUAUUUGUAUAUAUG